AUGGUUUGCAUUCCAUCAACUGUUCCGAAUACUCCAAGGUUUAUAGUGGCUUACGUUAUUCCAGAGGGUCAGCAUUUUCUUGCAAAAGUGUCAAACUUUUCCCAAUCAGAUGCAAUUAUUUGUAAUAUCAGGGAUAAGUUAAAUGAGGAUCAAUUGGAGACCUUUAGUAGAUCAUGUUUUGGUAUAUAUCUUCGUAUUAGGAGUCUAACUUUUUUCGGGCAGCUUGUUCAUCAGCUAUUGUUAAGACAGGUUGAAUCCUCCAACCAUAGUUUUGGCACAACUUUCAACUUCAAGUUGGCUGGAAACCAAGCAACAUUUUCAUUUGAAGAUUUUGCGCUUGUUAUUGGAUUAGUAUGUACUAGAAUUUCAUCCAUUUCUUCACUUGUUGAUACUAGCACACAUAGGCUAAGGGAUGCUUAUUUCAAGGGAAAUAAUAGCAUUAAGAGAUCUGAAUUAGAGAGUACAUUUUUGGGUCUAAAACCUCAACCUGACAAUGAAGAUGACGUUGUCAAGUUAGCUCUUGUUUAUUUUGUAGAGUUUGUGUUGCUUGGUAACGAGCGUAGUAGGAACAUUUCUGAUGUGGCAUAUCUCUAA